AUGACGCCUGAACGAGCCGGAACAUCCUCCGACUCCUUGUCUCGCAGACGACCCAACUUCUCCACGCGCAGUGCUACAGAAGAUACCUCGCGGCUAGCUCCAGGCGACUCGAGCCAGGCUCCCGCCGAUGAACGCACUCGGUUAUUACAAUGGCCACCGACUCGAUGGGCCCGUCCGUAUGAGCCAGUGAAUUCGUCAGAACCCGCGGAGGAUCAGCGCCAUUCAUCACCCACCGACUAUGUUAGAGGAAUUUCGAAAUGGUGGCAUAAUAGAGGAGAGAAUUCUGAGAACACAGAUAGCAGAGAGACUGCUUCCUCGCAAAUGGGACCUCCAGGUCCUCUGCGCGACUCUAGCGUCGAUAGGAAGGACAAGGGACAUCGGUCUCGAUCGGUAGACGAACCCAAGAAGCUUGGAACCUUCUCUGGCGUAUUUGUUCCGACAACUUUGAAUGUGCUGAGCAUUCUCAUGUUCCUUAGAUUCGGGUUUAUUCUAGGACAAGCUGGUGUACUGGGUAUCCUAGGUCUGCUACUUGUCUCGUACACAAUCAACCUUGUGACAACAAUGUCUCUGUCCGCAAUCGCAACAAAUGGAACUGUUCGAGGAGGCGGUGCAUACUACCUGAUCUCUCGCUCCCUGGGUCCUGAGUUUGGUGGCUCAAUCGGCAUCGUAUUCUACCUGGGCUACGUCUUUAACACUGGAAUGAACGCUGUCGGUCUAGUGGAUUGCUUUACCCAGAACUUCGGCACAGAGUCCGGCGAUUGGGCCAAUUUCCUCGAAGAAGGAUUCUGGUGGCAGUACCUCUGGGGUACCGUUAUCCUUGUGUUUUGCACUGGUAUCUGUUUGGCAGGAAGUUCCAUUUUCGCCAGAGCGAGUAAUGGGCUUCUUAUCAUACUACUUGUGGCGACCUUCAGCAUUCCACUUUCCGCUCUUUUCAUGAAGCCUUUCUCUUCUCCUCAUCUUGGCGUUGAGUUCACAGGACUUCGUUUAAAGACUUUGAUGGGAAAUCUUAAACCACAUCUUACCAAGGGGGCCGCAGGAAGUCAACUGAAAGGACGUGAGAAUUUCCAAGAUCUCUUUGGUAUUCUCUUCCCUGCCACAGGAGGCAUUUUCGCUGGUGCAAGUAUGUCUGGCGACUUGAAGAAUCCAAGCAAAGCUAUCCCUAAGGGUACGCUUGCCGGGCUGGCAUUGACAUUUGUCACAUAUGGGCUUGUUAUUCUUGCAAUGGCAGCGUCUGUCACCCGAGAGUCAUUCUAUAACAACGUGAAUGUGAUUCAAGUUGUCAAUGCCUCCGACGUGGUCAUCCUUCUUGGAGAAUUCGCAACCAGCUUUUUCUCCGCCCUGAUGGGUGUGAUUGGGUCUGCGAAACUCCUUCAGGCUAUCGCAAGAGACAGCCUCCUACCUGGGAUUGGCAUAUUUGGCCAGGGAACUCGCAAAAACGACGAGCCAGUCUAUGCAAUUAUAGUGACAUUUGUAUUCGCCCAAGUCACAAUGCUUUUCGACAUUAAUCGCAUCGCAUCCUUUGUCACUAUGACUUACCUGAUGACAUUCCUUGUGAUGAAUCUUGCUUGUUUCCUGUUGAAAAUUGGCUCUGCGCCCAAUUUCCGUCCUUCUUUCCAUUACUUCAAUUGGCAGACUGCAGCGGCCGGAACGUUGGUCAGUGGUGUCAGCAUGUUCUUUGUGGAUGGACUCUAUGCUUCGGGAUGUGUUAGCAUAUUGGUGAUGCUGUUCCUGCUAAUUCAUUAUAGCUCGCCACCAAAACCCUGGGGCGAUGUCAGCCAGAGCCUGAUCUACCACCAAGUGCGCAAAUACCUGCUCCGUCUUCGCCAGGAGCAUGUCAAGUUCUGGCGUCCUCAAAUCUUGUUGUUUGUCAGUGAUCUCGACAGACAAUACAAGAUGGUCUCUUUUUGCAAUUCGUUAAAAAAAGGAGCUUUGUUUGUGUUAGCUCAUGUUCUUGUGACAGAUGACUUUUCUGCAGCCGUCCCUGAAGCGCGCCGUCAACAUACGGCCUGGACAAAGUUCGUUGAAUAUUCCAAGAUCAAAGCCUUUGUGAAUAUUUCUAUUUCUCCAGCAGCAGAAUGGGGAAUGCGGAACAUUGUCUUGAACUCAGGGUUGGGAGGCAUGCGCCCGAAUAUUGUCGUGAUCGACCAAUUCCGACAAGACCAGUCGCUCGUUGAAACUUUCUCGAACACCGGUCGAAGAGAUUCCAAGACAAGGCGUUCCUCAUCCCAGGGCCCUGGAACAGACGAGCCUCAGAAUCGACCAAAAAGCCCGCCGAUGAGUGGUCAGAGUUACGUCACAAUACUUGAGGAUCUUCUUUUCAAGCUACGAAUCAAUGUUGCUGUAGCAAAAGGAUUCGAAGAUCUAGAGCUACCCGACGCACACGGUCGUCACACGAAGAAAUAUAUCGACUUGUGGCCGAUUCAAAUGUCGGCCGAGCUCGGGGCUGACAACGAAAGCAAACAAAACGUGCUCACGACUAAUUUCGACACAUACACUCUUAUCCUUCAGCUGGGCUGUAUUUUGAACACUGUGCCCUCAUGGAAAAAGACCUACAAAAUCCGAGUGGCAGUGUUUGUGGAGUAUGAGACCGACGUGGAAGAUGAAAGAGCACGAGUUGAGGCUCUUCUUGAGAAACUACGGAUUGAGGCUGAAGUCUUGGUAUUCUGGCUUGCUUGCGGUGACCUCCAGGCUUACCGGAUCAUUGUAAACGGCGAUAUUUCAUCAGCCACAGCCGAUUCCCAAGAGAAGGUUCGAUCCACUUUGCAAGGAGAAGAAUGGUGGCAGGGAAUCUCGCGAGCUCGCGCUCAAGACCAGGGUCAGAUUAUUGAUACGGGAAGCAACAGCCUGCCACAGGACAGAGCUUACAGCUGGCAAGGUCCAUCGAGUCAAGACAGUGGAUCCACAAAUCUGCGCCGGCGAGUAUCUGGCCUGAGACGAUUGAUCCAGUCCACUCGCCGCAGACGGUCUAUUUCAAGUUUCCGAGCUCUAGGUGGAGUGAACCUUGGUAUGCAAACACAUCGAUUGUUGGAUUCCUUUGUCGACUACGAUAGUUCGGACGGCUCAAGCUCAAGCUCGGACAGUGAAAUGGAAGGUUACACUAGCGAACCCGAGAUCAAUGAUGGGGAUAUAGCCACCCCUGAGCCUGGAGCUGGUCCCUCGCGGCUUCUUAGUCGGUCCAAGACUGAUGACGGCAGUCCUAGUUCGGCUUCUCCCAAUACACAGAUACCUACACCUCGCGUUGAAGAUACCCCAACCAGCCUCCCGGUGCCAUCGAUCAUUGCAACGGAAGAUGACGCCUCGCCGAAGAGUAAAACUCCCGUGCGACGGCCUCCCAUGAGCCGCUCUGCAUCUAGCAAUCGGUUCAGCUCCUCUCCAAUCCCAGAAGCCAAGGUCAACACGGAAGCCGAAGAGGACAAUGGGCCAUCCAUUAUGUUCGCCGCUCAAAAUUCCCCUCCCAGAUCCAACAAACUUGAUUCAAUCUACGCCCGCCGACCGUCUGCCACGCCACCCACUAUCCGCAGCCACAACAGUGCAUCUGGAUACCCCAGCACAGCCUCACACCCAUUGUCCUUCAACGACCUACCCAGCCGAGCCCAGCAUUUGAUUUUAAAUGAGUUGAUGGUCCAGCAUAGUGGCGACACAGCCGUUAUUUUCACGACCCUGCCGUCUCCCGUGGAGGGCACCUCACUAAGCGAAGAGGACAGUGCGUCGUACCUGAGUGACUUGGAGGUGCUGUGGCAAGACUUGCCGCCUUGUCUUUUGGUACACAGCAACAGCAUGACCGUGACGAUGAACCUGUGA